AUGACCACUGACCACCCACUAGCUAAUUGAAAACUAAUGCAUAAAAUAAAGUUUUAUUUCAAUUUAAGCUCACGCAAUCAUUUUUCGCUUGAAUUACCUAUCUGAUGGCUUCUCAGGAUACAAACGUUAAAGAGCAUGCAGAUUUACUUCAAACUUUCAAGGCAAAGGUUGAAGAUGCCCUUAGUCUUCUGCCACUCAUUCCUAAUGAACUAAGAACAGAAACAUGGACUUACUGGACUGUUGUCUCCGCUGCCGUGAAAACUGCACUUGGGGGUCGUGGCCCUGUUGUCCCAGGCAGCUAUCGCCGAUACGGAGUUCCAAGAGGAAGGCCUAAGAUCAGAUCACCAGUGCAGAAGACAUACAGGAAUCUGGAUAAAUUGGAUGAACUCUGUGCUGGUGUAAAUAAUGACAACAAAAAUUUGUCUGGCCAAUAUGAAAAUCCUAGAGUAGAAGAUUCAUUUUCAAACUCCGAAAUAAGCUCCAUAUCAUCUGACUUGAUCCCACAUGUUGCAUCUCAGGAAACAGUGGAAAGUGUGACAGAAAUUAAUAGGAUUGAUAAAGAUUUUGUAGACUUGCAGACAGCAGUGCAAAUGUCAAGCGCAUUCAUAGUAGAUAAUUCUGUUGCAGCAUUGAGUGACAAUCAGUUUGUACCUCAUCAGAUCAUUGUCAAAGUCUCUGAAGGUGGAACAGGCAAUGGUGUUUCAUGCCAUGCACCUCAGAAUGUGAAUAUUGUCUCCCUACCUUCACCACCUACUGCCUUAAAAACUUCUUAUGAAGUUCCUGCAGGAUCAGAAAAUUGUAUUUUAGUACCUCCAGUAGGCAUGAAUGUAUGUUUGCCCUCAUCUGAACCGGUCAAGCGUAAACGUGGUCGUCCUCCAAAACAUUGUCUCCUUGCCAGAAGAAAGGUCUCACUAGAAUGUCAGGCAUCUUUAGCUACUGUGUCAGAAAAUGCAGUAGAAACUGCAGUAACUUUACUGCAAAGAAAUGUUCACGAAAAACAAAGUGAUAUUACUGAAACUGGACAAAAUGCAAAUAUUGUGAGUGACCAGCAGGUUUCUGGGUCUGUUGGCUCUCCAUUUAAGAAAGAGCUGACGAAAGAACUUAGCUUCAUUAUCACAGCUCUGGAACAAGAGAUUGCCAAGGACACUGUACAACCCUUUCUGGAAACUUUAAAAUCAAAAUCGGACAACCAACCAUCAGGCAAAGUAAGACGAUCUGAAAGAAGAACAGCCCCAAACAGAGACAGUCUGUAUUGUUACUUUGACCAGAUAAAACCUGAAGAAGAAGAAGAAGAAGUAGAAGGAGAAGCAUAUGAAGGAGACACAAAUGAAAGUUCUGAAGACAAGACACUCUCAGUGAGCCAGGUGCCUAGAGGUCCAAGAGCGAAAACAGAAGAAGAGAAAAUCAAAGAACGUACAUGUCCAAUUUGCAAAACACUUCUAGGAUGUUCAUCUUCAAUGGCAGCCCACAUGAGAAUACAUACGGGAGAACGCCCAUUUUCCUGCCACAUUUGUAAAAAGCAGUUCACUACUAAGGCUAACUGUGAACGGCAUGAAGCAACUCAUCUUGGGAUCAAAGCUUUUGUGUGUUCUCAGUGUAACAAGAAUUUCACAGAGAAAAAAUCAUUAAAAAUCCACAUGAGAAGCCACACUGGUGAACGGCCAUAUGCGUGCAACAUAUGUGGGAUGCGGUUUUUCCAGACUGGCACCCUCAAAACACAUAUGGAUCGGCAUACUGGUCACAAAGGACAUCUUUGUGAUCUUUGUGGCAAGGCUUUCCGCCAAAGGUGUCAACUAGCUGUUCAUGUACGUCGUCACAAGAAAGAUAUGUCUUUCUCUUGUCAACACUGUAACAUGCUCUUCUACACCAAGAGUGACUUGGAACGCCACUUGCCAAAGCACACAGGUGAGCGACGCUUCACCUGUACCAUCUGCCCUAGGACAUUCACCAGGCUUCAGUACCUGCGUGAGCAUGUGAAUGUUCAUCUUGGUCAUCGGCCAUAUGAAUGCAGUUCAUGUGGAAUGUCUUUCCAUGAUCUUGCCUCCUGUCAUCGCCAUGUACAGAAACAUAAGCAAGUACUUGAACUGCAGACCAGUCAGCAGCAGCUCGAUCAAGGACAGGACAAGUCAGAGCAACAAUUGGGGUCUAAGGUGCAAGUGAUUAUCGACAAACAAAGCUUUGGCUUAGAUGCAGCCGACCUCCAGACCCUCAUUGUGGCUUCAGAGCCAAACAACUUCCAGCAGUACCUUCAGCAGGACCUCACAACCACAGCCAUAGCUCCCUCCACCUGCCCUGCUGCUACCAUUGCAAGUCCCAACAGCCAAUCUGUGGCCCAGGCCAUUUUUAACAAUAUUUGUCUAGAUGGGAUGGACACAGCAGAGAUUUAUCAUGUCACCCUGGUAGAUCCAGCUGCAAGCUCAGUACAAGUGAGCAAUGACAGUACAGUUGAGCCAACUGAGCAGAAUGGGACAGGAGUAGAUUUCUCUGCCAUCAACUUACUGGCUAGUGCAACGACCCAGCUGUCAUAGCAGCUGGAUGUCAAAGAAAGUAUGUGUGGAUGAGUAUGGUCUACAAAAAUAUUAAAAAAAAAUAUUUCUCGUAUUUAUUCUCCUUGGCACUAACUCCAAGAAUUACUUAAACUCAGAAUUUUAUAGGUUUUUUUUUUUGUGUUGUUGUCAAGAAAACGGUUAACCCCGAGCAUUACUCAGGAUAACCUGAUUUGACCCCAACCUCAAGCAAUUUGCUUAUAGGAAGGGGAGGGGUGAUGACGAUGCCCAGUUGUUUAUUCUGAUCACACUGUACAAAAAUUUGGAUAAGCCCAAGACGCAUGCUAGACUACUCUUCGCAGAUUUUAGUUCUGCAUUCAAUACAGUCCAACCAUAGCUUCUGGCUUUGAGACUGAUUUCUGAUUUUGAUCUUUCACAUCAACUAGUUUUGUGGAUAGUGGAUUUUUUUACAUGCAGAUGGCAAAGGGUGAAUGUUAAUAGUAAUUAUUCUGAUACUGUUAUUACAAACACUGGGUCCCCACAAGACUGUUGUCUAUCACCCCUGUUAUUUAUCAUGAUAGCUGCAAUAGUAUGGAGAAUAGCUACCUCAUUAAGUUCUCUGAUGAUACUGCAUUGUGGACUCUUUUGCAGGAACAUAAGAAAAAUCAUGGUAAUGCCUUAACAAAUUUUGUACGGUGGUGUGGUGAGAACUUUCUGAAGUUAAAUGUAGCCAAAAAAGGAGAAUCAAAGAGGAUUUUGUUGCACCCAGUGUGAUACACAGUAAACCUGUUGAAACUGUUUACUAUUUCAGGUACCUGGGAACUAUUUUUGAUUGCCAGCUCAAAUGGAAUUUAAAUAACAAACACAUUGUUAAACGUGGCCAACAAAGAAUGUACCUUCUGCGUAAGCUUAACAGUUCUUCAGUUAGUCAAAUAAUCUUAGGCUGUUUCUAACAGUCGUUUAGUUAGAGUCUUUUAUCUUUUUCAUUUGUAUGCUGGUUUCGCAAUCACUCUAUCCAUGAUAGGAAUAGUCUGAAUAGUGUUGUCCACAUCUGUUCUAAAAUAAUAUCAGAGAGAUUUAGCUUCUUUCUGUGACCAACAAAUAGUAAGGAAAGCUUCACGCAUUUUGGCAAUACCCGAGCACGUACUGAUGAGAGAAUUUGUAUUAUUAAGCUCAGGUAAAUGUUAUUCCAUGCCUGUAUGUAAAAGUAACACCUGAAAUCAUUUGUGCUCUCUGCAGUCCAGCUACUCAACCUCAGAUGAAGUGUCAGUGGUGUGUGUGUAAGAUGUUGUAGGUGCGCACAUGAUUAUUCUUGAUGUAUGUUUGUUGUUUGUUUUAUAUUAUAAAUAUAUGUCACUUGCCUUUUUUUCAUUUGGUAAUACUUUUCCUGUUGACAUCUUUUAACACUGCACCUUGCAACGAACUUCAUUUCUUAUUUUUAUUUCUAACUUUUACUUUGUAACUAGAACACCUUUCCAUGUUCAAAUUGUCCACUGGGACAAAUAAAGUUGGUCAUUGUCAUUGUCACCUUUCGGGCCAGUCUUCUGCUUCUGUCUAAUGUCUUUGUUUUUCUGAGAGAAAAUAAUUAUAACAUUGAGAAAGCUUAUGCUUCAGAAGGAAAAUCUACAGGAAGGGCUGAAGUACAAAGUCUAUUCACCUUAUCAAGCUCAUUUAGAUGUACUAAGUUUGUUGAUACCAGUAGUUUUUAAAUAGAUUUUUAUUGUGCCAGCACAACUACUUUACAGAAAAAUGUUUCUGGUUCUUCUGUUCAACAGAAUUAGCAUCUUUGUACCUGUAAAAGUUUGAAAAGGUUUAACUUACUUUUUUUAGGGGAUGCUUUAUUGCAGACUACCCAGAAAGAACUAGAUCCCACAAAGAGGUGAUUUUUGAUUAUCCAUAGUAGAACUGCGUAGAACAAGAACAGAUUCUAACAUUUUGAACAUUCUGUACAUCAGUAAAAUAUACUUGACUAUAUUUCUAUGUUAUAGGAAUCAUGACUUUACUGCCACACCAAUUUUCCCAACUUCAAGAUUAUAAUUGCCAAUAAUAUUUUCAUAGAAUUUCAAUGUACCUUCUAAAGUUUAUCAAAGGCAUAUGUGUCAAUUUUGUUUUUAUUUGAAAUAUUGCUAUUAAUUAAAUGAUCUAUUUUUUUUUUUAAUCUGUGAAAUGAUGGAGGUGAGUGGAAAUUUUAUCUAGAUCAUGCCUAUCUGAAAAUGUUAAUGUUAAAAUUUUAUGAGGCUGCAAUCUUUAAAACUGAAGCAAGAUUGACUCUAGGGCACUCUCCACAAACAAAGUAUAGGAUCUCCAAAAUAUUAUGGGCUGAAUAAAAUCUUUUAAACAGAAAAAU